UAGUAUACUUAUAUAACUAAUAAUACUUUAACUUUAUUCAACCAAGGUGAUACUAGAUAUAAAAAUCUAUCUGGAUAUUAUGUACUACAAAAUAUUUUUAAUUAUCAUUUCCAGAUCUUAUGAUUCGUGUAUUUUUUCGCAAUAAAUGGGAAGAAAUUAUAUAUGUUGAGAUUGGAAAAUGGAAUUGUGAUGAUGAAAAAAUUCGUAGUGAUCAUAAUAAACUGGUGCAACUCUGUAUGGAUGGUAGUAAUAAACUUUUUAAAAUAUGUGAAAAAGAACCUCUUAAUAGAAAUUAUAUAGGGUUUGGUGUCAAUAUCGCAGGUGAAUGUAUUGAAAUAUAUGGAUUGGUACAUGAAAAAGGCGUCAAGUACUACUUUCCAGUUUCAAGAGCAAAAAUACCCUUUCGCAAAGAAUCAGCACAAGAAGUGCAAAUAGUUGGCACUAUAUAUUAUUUUUAUAAUAUAAGAACCUAA